AUGAACAAUAAUAUUCUCAGUACUACAACUGUUACUACUACUACUACUCAUUAUACUACUUAUAUAACUAAUCAUCAACUUACUGUACAUAACAAUAAUAAUAAUAAUAACAAUCAUACAUUAAACUUUACAAAUACACAUUUAUUACAUUUGGAUAAACGUUAUUGGUGUUUAUGCUUGAUGACUUUUUCAAUCGCGACAUUAUUUGGUAAUUCAUUAGUAGUAUUAAGUGUUAUACGUGAACGUUCACUAAGAAAUGCAACAAAUUGGUUUAUAGUUAGUUUAGCUAUAGCUGAUAUUAGUUUAGCAAUUCUAGUUAUGCCAUUGGCUACAUGGUUAGAAUAUUUAUACAGAUGUUUAAUUUUUCUCAUUGUUACUACUACUACUACUACUACUACUACUACUACUACUACUACUAGUGUUUCUCACAUGAUUGAUAAGUCUAUAGGAAAAAAUAAUAAUCAUAUAAAAAGAUUAUCAGUAGUUAGAGAGUAG